AUGGAGAUCCAGGAACUGGACGCCGAAGGUCAACCAACGGUAACGUUCAGGUAUGACCCAGUCAGCAUGGCCUUCGAAACGCGCCCUUCGCAGCGCUCAGCAAGUACAUCAUUGAUGAUGAGAUUGAUGGACGUUUUCUUACCCGCUGGGUACCCCUUGAGCGUCACCGCGGAUUACACUCCCUACCAGAUCUACGACACCUUACAGGCUUUCGCUUCCACAAUUGCGGGACUGCUAGCCUCGAGGGCAGUAUUUGUCGGCAUGGGUGUGGGGUCGGAGGAUGCCUCAGUUGUAACCACCAUGCUGCUAUACAUUGCACAAGAAACCAUCGGUCGGCUGGCCACCAUCUUGUUCGCCCACCACUUCUCUCAAAGAAUUGAAGCCGAAGUGAAGUUUUAUCGAUUCUUUGCAGAUAUUGUCAACGACCUUGCUUUCAUCCUGGACUGCUUGAGCCCUGGACUGCCAGUUUUAGGGCGGGUCUGCACGCUUUGCGUCAGUAACGCGUGCCGAGCUGUGUGUGGGGUCUCGGGUGGGAGCUCUAAGGCCAUCCUUUCGUCCCAUUUUGCAAAGUCGGGUAACAUCGGCGAACUCAACGCCAAAGAUGGCAGUCAGGAGACUGUUAUCAGCUUGAUCGGCAUGUGGGCAGGAGGGCUUGUCGUCAGCAAAGUCCACGGCACGUGGAACACCUGGUGCUGUCUGCUUCCACUGCUCGCGCUACAUCUGUGGGCAAAUUGGAUGGCAGUCAAGAGCGUACGACUGACUUCGCUCAACAUCGAGAGAGCCAACAUCCUGUUUAGCGCGCUUCUUCAGGGUCAGGUCAAGGACCUGAACGCGAUAGGUAAGGAGGAAUCGAUCUUGGGCUUGGCUAAGAUUUUGCCUAUGCGGUUAAGCACUUUCCGGGUUGGCGUUAGCGUGUCGGACUUCUUACAUGACUUACCUGGCGACUACAGUGAUCAAGGCCGAAAGUGUAGGCAUCUUAACCGGUUGCGGCAGAUAUUCCAAGACGAAGACUAUGUGCUCUGGCAAGACGCUCAAACCAAGCGAGGGACUGUAUUGCUGAAAGAAGCGGCAACAGGCGAGACGCAGGCAAAAGCCAUAUGCCACUAUCUUCGGAUUUCCGUGCCGAUAUUGAAAGAUUCCGAGCCUGCAGAACCAUUGCAAUAUCGCGAUCAGAGCAAGCCCGCCCAGGGGCUUCUGGCAGACGGUGACUCAGAGCCAAGAUUCACCGCCAGUCAUGACAACAACAAUAGCGUCGGCGAGUUGGUAAGCGACGUUGGUGGGGAUCAAGAUUUUGAGUUGAUCUCUGAGUGUCUCCGACAAAACAGGCUGCAGUGGCAGAAUUUGCGAGAUCAAGCCGACGGCGCCGGGUGGGAUCUCAGUCUAACAAAUCUUGUCUGCGGCCGAUACCAUCGAGUUCGAAUGACUGAUACGCAAUUCGAGAAGAAAGACCAAUGA